AUGGAACAACGUCUGCAAGAGAAGCUAAACAAGCAAGAAAAUAGUAUCGAGACGAUCGAGGUCAAAAUGCAUGCAAUGGAAGACUCUUUGAAAAAGAGUGUGAAGACAAACGAAGAGAACACACGGAGCAAAUUGGAGGAAUUAUCGCAAACUGGGCUCAAGAAACUGAGAGAAAAUAAGGAAAUUCUUGACAUGCUAACAAGUUCGAUUCAUAAUUUAACUACCAAUGUAGAAACACGCAUUACCGGAGAAUCCGGAACGUAUCUGUUCCGUUUGUGGGAAAAAUCUAAGCCUUUCGAAGUCUUUUGCGAACAAAAUAAGUUCGAAGGCGGCUGGAUAGUAAUCCAGCACAGAUUCGACGGUUCAGUUGACUUUUAUAGGAACUGGACGGAGUACCGAAAUGGAUUUGGGAAUGUUGAUGGCGAAUUCUGGCUCGGGCUGGAAUACGUGCAUCAAAUUACCAAAAACCGACCGCAUGAACUGCUGGUGGAAAUGAAAGAUUUCCAUGGAAACUACAAAUACGCAAAGUACGACGAAUUUGAGAUAGGGAACGAAUCGGAGUUGUAUGUGUUGAGGAAGUUAGGGAGAUACUCAGGGACAGCAGGAGAUGCGUUACGAAGCAACAAGAAUAAAAAGUUUAGCACAUUCGAUCGAGACAAUGAUAAGUCGAAGGACGGUAAUUGUGCUAAGGAUUUUCACGCAGCCUGGUGGUACAAUUACUGUAUCCAUUCCAAUUUGAACGGGCCUUAUCAGAACACAACAGGUGAUUUGCGUGCGAUGGUGUGGAUAAAUUUAAAAGACGACUGGCGUAGUAUGUCUUACUCGCGAAUGAUGAUUCUUUUAUCAGCCCGGCUCACAAUGGCGAUAGGAGGUUUCGUGAUGGAGCUUUUGAUGACAAAGCUGGACUACUUGCAAGACAAGCUGCAAGAGGUCGAGCAAACUAUGAAGAGUUCGCUGAAGGUGAAUCUAAAUUCCCAGCACAAGUUAAGUGAAAACACGAUGAUAAAGAAGAAAAAUAUCGACUCUUUGUUCGGAGGCGGCUGGAUUGUGAUUCAGCACAGGUUCGACGGUUCGGUCGAUUUUUAUAGAAACUGGACCGAGUACCGUAAUGGAUUCGGAAACGCAAUGGAUAUUAAUGCCGAAUUCUGGCUUGGGCUGGAAAACGUGCAUCAUAUUACUAAAAACCGACCGCUUGAACUGUUGGUGGAAUUGAAAGAUUUCUACGGAAACUACAAAUUCGCUAAGUACGACGGGUUUGAGAUAGGGAGCGAAUCGGAAAAGUAUGCGUUGAAAAAGUUAGGGAAAUACAUUGGGAUAGCAGGAGAUGCGAUGGGAAUCCACUUGAAUCAAAAGUUUAGCACAUUCGAUCGCGACAAUGACGUAGAUAAUCGUAAUUGUGCUAAGGAAUUUCACGGAGCCUGGUGGUACGUGAACUGCCACCGUUCCAAUUUAAACGGCCGAUAUCAGAACACACAAAAUGAUGGUAGUGCGAUGAUGUGGUACUAUUUCAAGAACGACUUGCGUGGUUUGUCUUACUCGCGAAUGAUGAUUCGCGCGUACAUUAAUUAA